GCGGGGCUACCUUUAACGCCGAGGGGAUUGUUUUUCAAAAUAAUCUCUUGAGUAGAAGUUGUAGAACUUUUGCGUGAUAAUAAUGUUGUGUUUGGCAGGGUGGCGGAAUAAUCACACUUUGAUGUCCGCUUGUAAGACUUGAUGAAAUGUGGUGGGCCAUUGAAAGUAAAGUGAGGUCUCAUUUGGAGACAAAUAACGGGACGCGUCGCCAGCCGAAUGUUAGCUAACAGCGCAACUAGCCGGCUAAAAGUUAUUAUGGAGCGCGAGACUUUUUCAAAAUAUUCCUGGAUUGAUUUCGUUUUUUCUAUCAUCGGCGUGUGUACUUUUUUGGUGGACUGGGGCUCCGACUUGUGGGUGGCCAUCGAGUUUUACUGCCAUGGUGACUUUUUGUGGUUCGGGGCACUGGUCGCCCUCAUGAUCGUGUCGUCCUCCUUGGUCCAAAUGUUUAGCUGGUUCUGGUUGAAAUAUGACCGCCAACUGCCCGGCUUCCGAAGUGAAAUCGGAGCCGAAGCGGUUCUGUUUGUGGACAGAGUCAAGCUCACCUGUCUGUUGCAUGUGCUGCAGCUGGGUUUCCUAUGCAGGCACAUCUCGGCGAUCAGGCAAGGCUUCCGGGUAUGGUGGCGUAAAGAGGAAGGCUCCGAGUACGCCGUCUACCUGACCCACGACCUCAGCAUGCUGCGGCUCAUCGAGACGUUCUGCGAGAGCGCUCCGCAGCUCACGCUCAUGAUCUAUGUGGUGCUGCGCACCAACAAAGCCAGGACCGUCCAGUUCGUCAGCAUUGUGGCGUCAACCACGUCCAUAGCCUGGAUGGUGGUGGACUACCACCGCUGCCUGCGCUCCUUCCUGCCAGACAAGGCCAAGCAGGGCUGGGGCUCCUCCUUGGUCUACUUCCUGUGGAACCUGCUGCUCAUCUCCCCUCGUGUCGCUGCUCUCGCCCUCUUCGCUUCUGUCCUGCCCGCCUACAUUGCCGCCCACUUCCUCAUCGUUUGGUCGAGCUUUGUCAUCUGGGCUUGGCGACAGAGGACCGACUUUAUGGACAGCGUCGGUGGGGAAUGGCUCUACCGGGCCACUGUGGGGCUCAUUUGGUACUUCAGCUGGUUUAACGUAGCCGAGGGUCGGACUCGAAGCCGAAGUAUCAUCUACCAUACCUUCAUCACCACCGACGGCGGAAUCCUGCUCGCCACUUGGUGGUGCUACCGAGACCCCGUGACCUCCCAACCGUACGCGAUGGCCCUUCUCAUCACUCUACCUCUUACCUACCUGCUAGGACUGCUCUUUAAAUGCAUCUACUACUGCUGCUUCCACCCUAAAUUGUGGAGGCCCCCACUUAGGGAACCCGGACUGCCCGACGACUUGCCUGAUUCACAAGUGUCCUUCCGAGAGUUUCCCAUCCAGGAGGCUGCAGAGUCCUCCCAGCUGCUCAACAAAAGAAUGGCACACAAUGCGGCGCUCUUUUACUCCAGUCAGUAGAAAGAUUGACUUGUUUACCUGACUGCAAAGUGCAAAUGAAAGAUUUUUAAUGAAUACCUCUCAUACAGUGUCAAUUAAAACGGACCACUGUUGUUUUUUGUGGAAGACAGAUGGAUACAGUUCUGUCAGUUGUGCAGGUGUAAUGAAAUGUCCAAUCAUAUCUUUGUUAUUAUAGCCAUAUGAAGUUGGCAAUAUGGCAGAUUUGUAUCAAUAAUUCAUUCCUGUGGCCUAACGGAACCCAUACAUACUUUGAGGUCAAACUGUUUACAGUGGACAACAUCUUUAUCAUGUCAUAUAUGUACUGAAGUGAAUUACAGGAAGGACAUUUUAUAAGAUCAUUUUUCUAAUGGAUUU